CUCGUUUGUCCUCGCUCGUUGAUACAAACACUUGUGGCAUUUCAUACUAGCCAAUAUUUACCUUUUCGUUCAUCACCAGGUCCAGACAAUGAUUGCGACAAGGGCACAAGACUCCACGAAAGUCCAUACAACCGAGAACACUGUGCAAGUGGGCUCCUUCGGAUUCGAUGAUCCGCAAGCCGAUGCAGAGAACAAUCCAGAUCAUGAUCCUGCAGACGAAACCAUCCCAUGGAAGCUCAAGUGGAUUGCUCUUCUCUGUUUCGUCUCUUUUCCAAUCGGGCAGACCUGGACGCAAUCGAGUCUCGGGCCGCUGAAACACACACUUCGCAACGAGCUCGGCAUUUCCAACACACAAUUCGGCGUCGUCAGUAGUGCUGAUGCCAUUGUCAACUCGGUUUGGCCAAUCAUAGGCGGUGUCCUUCUCGACUGGUUUGGCCCAAACAUCAUCGUGCUGCUGUGCACAGGCAUCAUCUUCAUCGGAUCCAUACUGGCUGCCUCUGCCACCAAUCUUGGAGUCUGGCGUGUACUUACAGGAGGGCACAUCCUCAUGGGCUUUGGUAUCGCUGUCUUGGAUACCGCUCAACAGAAGUUCUUCUACCACUGGUUCCGUAUAUCAGGGUUGGCUUUUGCGUUCGGAUUUGAGAAUGCGAUCAAUAAGACGGUCAGCUUGGUUGCAGGCAUGACGGCUAUACCUAUCCGCAAUUCGACUGGCUGGUAUGGCUGGAGCUUCUGGAUCCCUGCCGUGUUCUGCGGUAUGUCGACCUUGUUUGCCAUUGCUUACAUACUUUUCGAGAAAUACAUCGUCCCUGAAAGAUUCAGGCUGAAGUCAGGUCGGCAAACAUCGAUUUCAUCAGAUGACCUGGCUCAAAAGAGAAAGGUUGUGUCUUUUGGGACCAUCUUGCGAUUGCCUUGGGCGUUCUGGAUGCUCCCAAUGACACAGCUUCUACAAUCUGGUGCUGCAGGAGGAUUUAGUGUCAGUGCUGCAGACAUCAUCAGGAUGAAAGGCUAUACUGAAGCCGUCGCUGGCUAUCUCUCGACAGCACAAGACAUACUACCCAUUGUGUUGAGUCCGAUUCUUGGUAUUGCCAUAGACAGGUAUGGUCAUCGGUUCCACUGGGUUGCUCUCGCGCCUGUGUUCUGGAUCAUGGCUUGCUCUCUCAUUGGCUUCACGUCAGUCCACCCACUCGCGGCACUGGUCUUCUCCAGCCUGGCAGGGGUGAUCAAUUCGAUGCCUCUACAGAUCUGUAUUCCUUUGCUGGUCAUGGAUCAGAACAAGUUGGGUACGGCCUUUGGGCUGUGGCGAGCGUUCAACAACUCUGGCUCAACGAUCAUGGACAUUGCAUUUGGUGUCCUCCAGGAUGGCACUGAGGGCCAGGGAUACACUCGGGUGUUGCUCUUGGCAAUUGGUAUCAAGUGCUGGGCGUUCUGUCUGGGAGUGUCGUACAUCCUUGUCGACUAUUUCAAGCUUGGUAAGGGCAUGACGAUGACCAGGAAGCAACGUCAGAAGCGCGAAGCCAUCAUCGAAGAUGCGGCCAACGACCCCUUGACCCGCCGGACAAUUGUCCCAAAGGUUACAUAUGCCGGCCUUGGUCUGUUGACUUCGAUUGUCAUGACAGCAUGGGUUGUAUUCAUCAAGUAUCUUUUGUAG